AUGAAGUUAUCUAACAUUGCCUUAUUAAGUGCCGCCGCUGCCACCGCUUCCGCUUAUGACCACAAAUCUGCUGCUAUUGUUGAGUUAGAAGUUUACAUGACUGAUAUCGUGAACAACAUGGACCAAUAUCUUGCUAUGCAAGAAGCUAACCCCGGUCAAGCUUUCCCAUCUGAAAUUAUGUCUGCAUACAUUCAAAUAGCUAUUGGCAACACUAUCAGUUACACUUCAUUCUUUUCCACCAUUGAUGAAAGCGAAGUCGAGUUUAUGAUGACCGGUGUAUCUUGGUAUUCUGCCAGAUUAGCUCCAUCCGUUUCUGCUGCUCUUCUUGAAGCUGGUAUUGACACUAACGAUGAAAAUGUUGCUACCACCUCAUCUGCAGUCACUCCAGCUGCUUCCUCCACCGUUGCAUCUUCCACCAUUGUAUCUUCCUCUGCUGUUGCAUCUUCCUCCGCUUCUUCUUCUUCUGCCGUAGCUUCUUCCACUGUUUCUGGUGACAUGACUGUAAGCCAAGUUACCGUCACUGAAACUUCCACUGAUUCAGCUACCGUUCAAGAAACCGUUACUCUAUGUUCAAGUUCUCCCUCUUCCGCAGAAGCUUCUUCUGUUGCGGGCCAUUACGCUGAAGCUUCUUCUGUUGCCGGCUCUUCCGCUAGAGCUUCUUCUGUUGCCGGUUUUUCCUCUGAAGCUUCUUCUGCUGCCUCUUCGACUUCCUCUUCUUCUGCUGCCUCUUCGACUUCCUCUUCGACUUCCUCUUCUUCUGCUGCCUCUUCGACUUCCUCUUCUUCUGCUGCCUCUUCGACUUCCUCUUCUUCUGCUGCUGCCGCCUCUGCUAACGAAGCUGGUGCCACUGUUGUCACUCUUACCGAUCUUUCUACUACAUUAGCUACUAUUACUAGCUGCGAUGACCAUGCUUGUACCGAGAUUGUUAAGAACCAAACUAUCACCAGCACCAUCCACAGAACUGUCAAAGAGACUGUUGUUGUUCCAUGUGAAACCACUUCCACCACAAACCCAGGUGAAACCACAGCUUCUCCAGUCACCCUAUACAGCACCAUUACCGACGGCGCCACCACCACUUUAAUCACUAUUACCAGUUGUGAAGAUAACAAAUGUUCUGAAGUUGUAUCUACCAAGGCCGUUAACGCCAACGCUGACAACAAGGCCUCUGCUACCACUUUAGCUCAAGUUUCCAGCAUUUCUUCUGAAGGUUCUGGUGCUCACAGCUCCAGUCCAAUUGUUCUAGAAAACACCAACGGUGCUUUCAAAUACGGUGUCAGCUUCGGUUCCAUCAUUGUUGCUUUAGUUGCUUUAUUAUAA